AUGGAUGAGCAUUUGCCUAAUCAUGUGGGAUUUUCAGUACCUCCUAGUGAAUAUUCCCAUGACAUUCGCAGGAACUGCCUGCUGUUCUACUACUCGUAUACACAAAUACCUGGAAAUGAUUAUUAUUGGGAGUCAUGCACUUUAAACACCUACCCAAAGCUUUUAUGCAGCAACAAAUAUUUUUCAGAAUAUAAUCCGGUGGCGGAACUGCACGAUCAAAGCUAUAAACAUUGGGCCCAGGCUGUUAAAAACUGCGUCGUUGGAGGAAAUUUCCCUGCAUCGAUACAAAGUAUUGAAAAUGGAGAUUUUACAGAAAAGGAUCACCAGGACCACUGGACAGGAAUAAUUAAAAAAGAAUCCAUUAUAGCUUUGAACGAAAUGCUUGACAAUAGCAUCAAUCCACCUUUGACGUAUGCAUAUGUGGAGAAGAUAAACCAGACUUUUUUCAUCAGAUUUGCUCAAGAAGGUGACUUGAGAAAAAGUUUAUGCGCAGGAGAUACGUUGCCAUCAACCGCUUAUGGUAAUACAACAUACACAGAUCAAACGCAAGCGCCAACAUUGAGUACACCGCCAAUAUCGCUUCCGGUAUCCGAAGAAACAACAGCAUUUUUAGACAAGAACGAAGGGGAACAAGGAGCACAGAUACUGAAGUAG